AUGGAAGAAGUAGAUUUAAUAAUAGGAGCAAAAUAUAUUAUACCCAUUGUACCAUCAAGAACAUAUCUCGUAGAUCAUGUGAUUGUAGUAAAAGAUAAAAAGAUUGUAGAUAUUGUAAAAAAGAGUCAAGUAGAUGAAAAGUACAAAGCAAAAGAGGUUGUACAGUUGGGUGGUGGUGCAAGAGCUGGUGACUCUGACUUGGAUGAAUACAUAUUGACUGCAGGAUUUUUCAACAUGCAUUGUCAUAGUGCUAUGACACUGUUGCGUGGUUAUGCAGACGACGUCAGUCUUUUGGAUUGGUUGACCAAGUUUAUUUGGCCUGCUGAAGCGAAAUGGGUCGGUGAAGAGUUUGUAAAGUUGGGUACUGAAUUGGCUUGCUUGGAGAUGAUCAAAACCGGUACUACCUAUGCAAAUGAAAUGUACUAUUAUCCAGAGAUUGCUGCAGAGGUGAUGGAAAAUAGUGGUAUGCGUGCUACUGUAUCUGUACCAAUCAUCAAGUUCCCAACCAUCUAUGCAAACAAUGAAGCAGAGUAUUUGGAAAAGGGUGAGAAAUUCAUCGAACAAUACAAGUCCAACGAGAUGAUUCGUCCUGCUUUGGGACCACAUGCAGUCUAUACUAUCACUGACGAAGCUUAUCUUCGUGUAAAAGAGUUGUCAGAGAAACACAACCUCGUCAUCCACACUCAUCUCCACGAAACUCACGUAGAAGUGGCCGACGAAGAAAAACUUAAUGGCAAACGACCAUUGGCAAGACUCGAUGGUUUGGGUGUUCUCUCUGAACGUUUAAUUGCCGUUCACAUGACCCAAUUGACCAAGGAAGAGUGUCAAUUGGUCGCUGACAACAAGGUCAAUGUGGUUCACUGUCCAGAAUCCAACCUCAAGUUGGGUGUCGCUGGCAUUUGCCCCGUUCAUCAAUUGGAAAAAUGUGGUGUCAAUGUUUGCAUUGGUACAGACUCUGCUGCCUCCAACGACGACUUGGACAUGUUGAGUGAAAUGAGAUGUGCUGCUCUCGUCGACAAGCUCUGCUACAAUAUGACUCUCAAAUCAGAGUUGGAACCAAACCCUCAAUCAUCUGGCGUCACCCCUUCACAUCGUAUGCUCUCCAUGGCUACUAUCAAUGGCGCCAAAGCUUUGGGUGUCGACAAGGAACUUGGAAGUAUAGAAAUUGGAAAAUUUGCUGAUAUCGUUGCCAUCAAAGUUACCAGUCCACCCAUUUAUGAUGCUAUUUCUCAUUUGGUUUAUGUUGGUACAAAUAGGGUAACUGAUGUUUGGGUAGGUGGAAAAAAUUUAUUAAAGAAUACUGUACUUCAAACAAUGAAUGAAGAUGAAAUUAGAAAAAAGGUUAUAGAGUUUAGCAAAAAGAUUAAAGAUAUUCGUCCAACAACUGGAACUAUUGUUAUUCAAUAA